AUGGACUUGUCGAUGCGUGUCUAUUUGACAUUUCAUCGCGCCAUUGGCCUAGGAAGUCUAUACUACGAUGCACAACGGAAACGCUUUCUACUCCGUCAUUCGCGUUCGCAGGUCUACUGCCUGCUUCUGGACGUGGCCUACCUAGUAGUAAUGCCGUACGUGGUUUCGCUGCUCGUGGAUACCUUCUAUCGCUGCGAGGUGCUCGACAUGUUUGCCAUCGUUUUCAACGUGACGGCGCUGGCGAAGAUGCUGGCGGUAGUGCUUCUGUUGCUCGGGGCGUGGUUUCGUCGGCGACCGAUACAGUUCAUCGCUAACGGCCUACAGAGCCUACUGGAACGCUAUUGGCAGCGUUUGGACGCGGACUGUACUCAGAUGUCACUUCUUCGUCGUCGCUGCCUCUGGAUGAUGAGCCUGAUUAGUGCUCGCUUUGUGGUGCUCGCACUGCAGCUGUUCGGACAAGGAAGUGCGAUCCACUGUGUAGCUCGGGGCGUGGCCGAGCCCUCGCCCUUUUAUGUGACUUCAGCGCUGUUUUUACUGCUUAUGGAAUUGAUGAUUAGCUGCGCCGACUUCAGUAUCUAUAUGGCAGCUGCAUGUUCCAACACUUUGCUGGCAAUGAUGCGGCAGGAGGCGCAGGAGCUGGUGCAGGAUUCGCAGGCGUUGCGACAAAAACGUUUCAGUUACCACGUCAUAUGGGAGCGUCAGCUAUUGGUGGCCUGGUGCGGGCUCUGGCAGCGCUGUCUGCGUCUGUCCGCCAUAAUGGAAGUGAUAGUGCAAAGUUUCCAAUGGCAACUGCUCAUUGAUCUCUUUAAUAGCUAUGUCUCCGGAAUUGCCAUAUUCUUUCGCUUGAUGGUCUACGCCAGUGACGGGAGUGCUUUUAAACUGUCCAAGUUUUUCGUCUACGUAUUUCUCUGCAUCUCAACAUUCGCCGAAAUCAUGCUGCGCUUUUUCAUUUUCGACAUCAAUCGCAGACAUUGGGAGUAUUUGGAGCACCACUUUGUCCAGUUCUGGCUCCACCUACCAGAGGUGGACAAAAGUGCGCCGGGUACAGUGUUGAGCCGGCGGCUGGAGUUUUCGGUGCUAAUGCUGGGGCGGAAUUUGCAGACACAGCCCCAACGAAUACGACGCCUUCAAAUUGCAGGACUAUUUGACAUGUCGAUGGAGACGGGGUUCAGCAUGUACAGCUCCAUGUUCAUGAAUGUGAUCAUACUUUGUCAAAUCGCUUUGAAAAAAUACAUAGAGGAUGGAUAA